AUGGAUUUGGCAGCUGAUGAGAGAGUGGUGUACAGUAGUACAGUUGAUAAGAGGAGGUCAGAAUAUCUCAAAGUUGCGGGGAAUGCAACGAGUAGACGAAUAAGUAGACGAGAUUCAUUCUUGAAAAUGGAAGAAUCAUCUACUGAACACAGCAACCAAUAG